AGUGUAGAUCCAUAUCAUUGUAAGCCCCAGUCAGGAUGUUCUCUAGAUAUGCUCUCUGAUGUAGACUUAUCUAAACAGCGUACCAAAAGCUUUUCUUGGGACGGUUGGAUUGAUGCAGAUGCUGGGAUUAAAGAAUAUUCAUAUGAACUGUUUGAACUUCAUCCUGUUGGUAAUGAACUUGGAGUCAAGGCUAGGAAGACGGGGUCAAGCACUACAUCAAAAAGUGUUGAUGUUACCUUUUCCAAACCUGCCGUGUAUUCCAUGAUUUUAUCAGCCUAUGAUAAAGCUGGAAAUUAUAAGAAGGCUAGACGAUUGGUUAUAUUUGAUGAUACAUCUGCUGUAACAACGACGUCCGGGAGUGUGCUUAGAGUGACUACUGCUCUUUCUACUACCAAUUACAAAUGGCAGACUAAUUUAAAUUCUGUUACAAUCAGUUGGACUAAUAGAUAUAUCAACACUAUACAUCAUAAUGGUCGUUUUCUAGCAGCAGUUAGAUCAGAACCUGGUGUAGAGUCUCAAUAUGAUGAUAAUUAUGGGUCUAGAACAACUCAGGCAAUUAGCAAUGUACAAGGAAUUGUUGGUAUUAAAACCAUAUAUAAAGUGGACCACGCUGGAGGAAGUUCGAUUAACCAGCCUUCUCAAAAUGAAUUCGUAGAUCUAGGAACUGAUCAACAAGAGACAAUAACACCAGUUCUGAAAGAUGGCGAUACUUUACGAUAUUUUAUCAGAGCUUACGAUAUUUUAUCUCAAUACAAGGAAGAAUCGUUGACCGUCCAUUUUGAUAGUUCACCACCUGUUAUUGAAAAUCUAUGGUUAACAAAAGGUGAUGAGGUUAAUCUAGCAGUUCAUGGUUUUGAGGAACUUGAUAAAAUGGUCAUAGAAUGGGUAGCCUAUGAUGAUCAUAGUGGAAUAGAAACAGUACAAUGGAAGAUAUUGGAUCAUUUAACGGAAGUAGAACAUGGAUCUCAGCGUAUUCCACCACAAGGCGAAACAACGAACAUUAAAGAGUGCCAAAGUAAAUAUUCUAAUAAUGCCAGAGGAGCCAAUUGUUAUUGCAUUCCUACUAGCACAUGUUAUCAUCGCCAUUUUCAAAUAAAACAACCUACGACUGCUACACCCGGAGAAGGCAUCUUAAACAAUAAAAAUACUGGUACGCAUGAUCAUGAUUAUCGUAUCGUGGUUACUGUGAUGAACCAAGCUAAAUUAAAAACAAUUCUAACUAAACAGGCAUGUAUUAGAUUUUCAUUAUAA